AUGUUACUUCAUUUUCUGUCUCUAUCUUUUCUCAGGUCAAAAUUGUGUAUUCCUUAUUUGAAAAAGAGUCAGAAUGGCCACAUUCUGAACCUGAGUCCUCCUCUCAACAUGAAUCCAGUCUGGUUCAAGAACCACUGUGCCUACACCAUGGCUAAAUACGGGAUGUCAAUGUGUGUCCUGGGAAUGGCUGAGGAAUUCAAAGGUGAAAUUGCAGUUAAUGCUUUAUGGCCAAAAACUGCAAUACAUACAGCUGCCAUGGAUAUGCUCGGAGGAUCGGGUGUGAGCAGUCAGUGCAGGAAGCCUGAAAUCAUGGCUGAUGCUGCCUAUGCCAUUUUCUCGAAGCCAAAGACAUUUACUGGCAACUUUGUCAUCGAUGAAGAACUCCUUAAAGAGGAAGGAAUCAGGGACUUUGAUAUCUAUGCGGUUGAUCCAGGGCACCCUCUACUUCCAGAUUUCUUUUUAGACGAGGAACCAGAGGCACUUGCCAAGAAGAUGCAGGAUCACGGAGCUAGUCCCAAGUUUCAAGUGGAAAAGGAACAGGUUUCAUUGGCAACUAAAGGGCCUGUUGCUGAGAUGUUCAAGGCUAUUGAGGGAACCAUCACUGCUGACAUGGUGAAAUCGACUGGAGGCAUCUAUCAGUUUGAAUUGACUGGUGAGCACCCAGGAACCUGGUACAUUGAUCUGAAGAAUGGAAGUGGCAGCAUUGGACAUGGAAGUUUCCCAGGGAAGGCCGAUGUGCUGAUGAGCAUGAGUAGUGAGGACUUUGUGAAAAUGUUUGCAGGUGAGCUUUAAUAGGAACAUGGUGGGCCGUUCAGCCCCUUGAGCCUGUUCCUCCUCUCAGUGAAACCGUGGCCGAGCUACAUUUCAACUGCCCUCUUUAGUUGCCUUGGAUACCCUUGUCUGAUAACAACAGCGACAACUUGCAUUUAUCUAGCUCUUUAAUACAGUAGAAGAUA